CCAUCUCCAAUCCUCCAAUCCCUCCAAUCCCAUAAACCGCCUCCAAUCAACACCCCAAACAACCCACCUCCACACACACCCGCAUACACAACAAUGCCCCUCGACACCUCCUCCUACCACCUCGCGCUCCUCCGCCUCGACGGCCGACGGUGGAACGAGUUGCGCCGCCUGCACGCCUCGAUCUCGGUCCAGCCAUCCGCGGAUGGAUCCUCCUACCUCGAGAUGGGGAAUACGAAGGUGCUGUGCACGGUUGCGGGGCCGGCGGAGGGGAAGAGGACCGUAGCGGGGGGAGGGAAGGAUGGGGAGGCUGUGGUGACGGUUGAGAUUGGGGUUGCGGGGUUCAGUGGGACGGAUAGGAAGAAGUGGGGGAGGGGGGAUAAGCGCCUGGCAGAAAUGCAAAUGACCAUCGCAAACGCCUUCACCACUACGCUCUUCACACACCUAUACCCACACUCUACAAUUGCCAUCUCGAUCCAAGUAUUCGCGCAAGACGGUGCCCUCCUCGCCGCCUGCCUCAACGCUGCAACGCUCGCCUUAAUCGAUGCUGGCGUGCCGAUGCCCGACUACCUCUGCGCCGUAACGGCCGGGACGACCAGCGCACACGCCGCAGGCGACGAGGCGGUGGACCCGCUGCUGGAUCUGUGUUUGAUGGAGGAGCAGGAGUUGCCGUUUUUAACGGUUGCGACUGGCGGAGGAGAGAGGGUGAGCGUUUGUGUGUUGGAGAGUCGGGUGCAGGUUUCACGCGUGGAGGGGAUGUUGGCGGUCGGGGUGGAUGGGUGUAAGCAGGUUCGGGCGAUUAUGGAUGGGGUUGUGAGGAGGCAGGGGAAGAAGAUUUUGGGAGCAUGAGGGAUAAGGUUGCGGUGUGAGAUAUAGGUUCAUACUUGAUGUUUGGGGAUUGGAAAAGUGUGGGUAGUGGCGUACUGGAGUUUGGCGCGGGAGAGGAGACAUGGGAGCAUGGGUUUGCGUGGAGCAUGGGGGUAAAUAAAU